AUGCAUCUCAAACCCCUUAACGACCUCCCACUCCUCGACCCCCAAAAGGAACCCCCCGCCGUCUCCGUCUCCAUCACCGAAACCCCCACCCCAGCACCCCGCCCCCUCUACUUCGCCUACGGCUCCAACCUCUCCCCCACGCAAAUGCGCCUCCGCUGCACCGCGAACCCAGCCCGCUCCGCGAAACCCCUCGCCAUCGCCCGGCUGGACCACUGGCGCUGGAUGAUCUGCCAAGCGGGGUACGCGAACGUGCUGCCGCCGGCCGGCCUGCGGGUGGGCCAGCAGGUGCGCGACGGCGAGCACGUGCCCGUGUCGGGGGCCCAGGAUGCGGUCUUCGGGGUGCUGUAUGCGAUGGAUCCGGACGAUGAGUUCCUGCUGGAUGGGUAUGAGGGGGUUGACCAUGCGGCGCCGGGAUCGCGGGGGUCGGGGCCGGUGCCGGUGGAGGUGCGGCCGAGGGAGCAGGGCGUCGGCGAUUAUAAUAAGUGGUAUGUGCCGGCCGUGGUGGCGCGGUGGCUGGAUGAGGACCCCGCCCGAUGGGUUCCUGGGGUGGGGGAGUCCGGGGCCUCGGUCGUGACGGUGCUGGUGUAUGUUGAUGAGAAUCGGGUGCGUCUGGGGCCUCCGAAGGAGGAGUAUAUCCCGCGUAUGAACCGGGCGAUUCGGGAGGCCGAGGCCAUCGGGUUUCCAAAGGAGUGGGCUGAUGAGGUGAUGCGGAAGUCGAUACCCUUGAAUUAG